AUGAAACGCCUACUCCAAUGUUACGAUGGAUCACACUGGUACGAGAGUAAAGGAAACACGAACAAAAGAAUGGGUGUUCCUUCGGCUGCUUUGGCACUAUCGUGCUUUACUCAACCAAACGCCUUUUUGCGUCUUGUGAUGCCAAAACUAGUGAGCAACAGUAAUGGGCUGUUAGAUAGAUUUCUAGUGUGCCUUCCAUUCGCUAAAAGUGCUCCAAUAAGUGAACGUAUCGAAGCCAGCAAAAAACUAAAAGAAACCAAUCUGACUUCUCUCGAAAAGCUAUAUGAACGAAUAUACGCAAAACAUAACAACAGCGACAACGUGGUUUACUCGUUAGAAGAAGAAGCUCUCGAUAUCUACGUCCGUCAUAGUCAGAACAACCAAUCCCCUCAAGAUGGCGCUGAUGGCAACGCGAAAAAUGAUAAAAAUAUCAUCCGAUUGGCAGCCAUUAUCCAUGUAUUCUUUAAUAUACUAGAGCAAGCUCUGGACCAAAGAGUACAAGAAGUCCCAAUAAAUAUCUCCGCGCAAACCUUGACAGCAGCUAUAGCUCUGGCUGGAUACUUUGAAAAGCAAAGAGCAAUACUUAAACAGGUAAAUACCUUAAAUUAAACAACUAAUUUUUCCCUUGGUAUUAUUUUCAUUAGUGUGAUUUGAUGUACAGUACAAUUUUGUAUAGUUUUCAACGGAUAAACAGGGAAAAGUGAUGUAGUAAAAAAAACACUCACAGGUAACAAGUUCUGAUAUAUAUAUAUAUAUAACUUUAGUUUCUUUCACAUCUUUCUUAUAGGCCGCUAAACUUGGAGAGGUAGAGACAAAAAGCAGUAUCGGCCCCGAAGAGAUUCAGGAGGCAAUUAUAUUACACCCUGGACCUUUUGUAACUGCUAAGUUGGUUUAUCGCAAGUUCAGUUCACGAAUUAGACCAGACACAGAGGCAGUGAAGAAUGAAAUGAGCUAUCUGGAAGAAAUCGGACUUGGAAAAAUGGCGCAAGUUGAUCGCUCUGAUUUUUUUUUCAAAACUCUUCCAACUGAUGUCCAGAAUGAUAGUCUCUCCAAAUUUGGAAUAUCAUCUGAAGAAUAUAAAGAUAUAUUCAACAAUGUUGACAGCGCAUUGACCGAUCGACAACGAUUGCGUGCAGAAAUUAGUGAUCCAAAUGAACAAUUUGCACAAUACACUGCCUCUCAAGAGGAGCAACUACCGAUUGGCUUGGGGAACGAUGACGAAAGUGCAGAAAGUUGA